CCGCGCGAUGUUGAAAAAAAAGGCGGAAGCAGGAAGUCUUCGCCAUGGGAGCUCCCUCCGCUUGCCUUCCCGGGUUUGCCUGCGUGUGUGGGCAGGUUCGCACGUGUAUUUGAAGGCGCUGGGGGUUCUUGGAGAUUGCUGUGCAAGGUCUUUAAGCGGUAAGUUUUUUCUUGAUAGGACAAAUAAGAGUACAAGUACAAAGAAAGCUUAAUAAUGCCAAAUGACACCACCCCAGUCCGAGCAGGAGCUGUAAAUGUUCCUCUGGGCCACGUGAUUGGCAAUGAGAAAUGGAAGGGCUCCCAGAUUGCUCAGGAGAUGCAUGUUUCAUUGCUUCUCACAUUUCAAGGGAAAGUUAAGCUUAUUCUGGAAGAUCGCCUGGGACUUGUGGACUUUCAUCUUUCAAACAGAUGCUGCAUCCUCUACAUUUCUGAAGCAGAUCUGGUGGCAGGAAAUGGCUUCAAAAGAAGACUUGUUCGUUUUAGAAAUGCUUGCAGUCUUCAAGGGAUUGUAUUAGUUGAAAAAACCCAAAUAAGUAACCAGUAUUUUCCAGAAGUGCAGAAAUUUGUUGUUCUGGAACUCGGAAUGACUUUACUUCCGGUGGCUAGCCAAAAAGAAGCAGCUCAACUUAUUGCUCAAUUGGUGCACGAACAGACUAAAACCAGCAAUCUCUUCCAAAGGAAGAAAUGUACCAAGCUAUUGGAACCAUCUAUACUCCAUACAGUUCAGCAGAUUCCAGGGGUUGGAAAGACAAAAGCCCUUCUCCUCCUGGAAAACUUUGGGAAUAUCCAUCAGCUUUGCAAUGCCUCUCUCCAGGAGCUCGAAGGAGUAGUUGGCCGCAGCCUAGCUCAACAAAUCCAUGCAUUCUUCGCCCAGAUGAAAUAAUCUCGGUUUUCAGCAUCAGAGAUAAGCUUUUUGAAAGGCUGGAAUUUCCCUUACACACACGGUCAGAUUUCAGUUUGUAUGAAACUCAGAGAGCUUUCAUUUCCAUCUAUUGUUGUUGUUAGUUGCGAAGUCCUAUCCGGCCCAUCGCGACCCCAUGGAUAAUGUUCCUCCAGGUCUUCCUGUCCUCCACCAUCUAAGGAGCCAAUAACUCAGGGAAUUAUGUUUGACCUCAAGUUUGCUCCAUCUGGGCUUUCUUGGGUAUGUUUUUGGCUUUCAACUGCGUACAGCUGGACAUGAUGCCACUUUUUAGGAAUAGCACUGAACACUUUUUUCCAGGAAGAUUACCUGCAGUACCAACAUCCCCUUUGCCUUCCUUUAAACAGUUCUUGUUCUUUUACUAAUAGUUUCCUAAGUACAUUCUUUUUCAAUCUCAGAUACUUCUUAAAAGAGAUGAAAACUUCAUCUCUUGUCUGUUCAGACUGUUGAAAAAUAUAGGGUCUCUGACUUUUAAAGCCAAAAAAAGAGGUUGUUAAAUAACAUUUGUUCAGUAGGCCUUCCCUAUUGCUAUAUUGGAUACAGAAGAGAAACCUAAUCUGAGUUUUGCCUGCCGUUCAUACCUUGUUUACGGAGAAGGUAUGAAUUCUAAGCAUUAGAACUUCUGCCUUGAACUGAUUAUUUAAUGAGUAUUGGGAACAGCAAGAUUUAAGGUGUUUGAUUUUUGUAUUUGUUAAAGUCAGCAGGGUCAAUUCCCUGUUCUGAUUGGUAUGAACAAGGCUGAGAUACUGUAAUGCUGAGAUAAUAGGAGUUGCUGGAUAGAUCAUCAAUUAAGAAACUUGUUCUCACUUGGCCUUCAACUAAUUGGCCCAAGGCAAAUAGCACCCAAAAAAACCCCCAGGAAUGAAUCUUGUUUCUUUCCGGCACUAAGUAUAACUCUGAAAAUCCUUAUUUAUAGAUGUCAUCUAGGCUUUCCUCUACUCUUGAUCCUCUGGAUCUGCUCUAUCCAAAACAUGGUAUGACAGGUGGACGUGAUAGGAAACUGCUGUAGGAGUGGAACCUGAAUAUUAUUACUUUUGCACGAGGCACCUGGAAGGCCGCCAAACUGAAAUUAUGUAGGAGUAUCAUGGUGAAAAGAGGGAGUGAGUCAUCCUUCUUGGCUGCCCAAGGGCUUUUGUAAUCAUUUCCAGCAAAGUUAUACUUCUCUGGAGCUUAAAGGUUGUAACUUGGUCCUUUCAAGCAAAACGCCCACGUCUUUCAAAGAAAGUCCACGUACCUCACAUCAGAUAGAAUAGUUACCCUUUUGACAUUUGACUGCACCACCAUCUAGUUUUACAGGCAGCCUUGGGCCAAGGGCUGUUUCUUAGGGGAUGGAAUAAAGAGAUAAAGAUAUCUUCAGGAAUGGUUCUGGGUGCCUGCAUCCCUGCAGUUUUCCGUGCCAUGGGAUAGGAUGGCUUCCGAUUGCUGCCUUGCAGCAUUUACCUAUUUCCAAGCCAGGCUGGUAACUCCAGAAUUCCUCAGUGUUAUUCCAUUUUUGAAAUUAGCUAAGACUGAGUAGGUACUGUCGCCUAAUUGGGCAGAGGACAAGUCUGAAGCUGUUUUGGACUCUUGGACAAUAUUAUUACAGGCAUCCUUUUUCUGACCAGGUUGACAUUGUUUUAAGCCAAGGACGGACACUUUUUUUUUCAUGAUUGGAUGCUACAGUGAACAGCGGGCAGGCCGAGAAGGCGAAACAGGUUAAUGCGGCACUUUUGCUGACAUGCAGAAGGUUUAGGCAGGUUUUGCAAUUUGGAGGGGGAAGAUGUUGCAGACACAUGCAGGAAGACACUGUGUUAAGAUGGUUGAAAUUCUUUCCCUCAACGCCUUCGCCCUCUGAGUCAACAGAAGGGCAAAACCUUUAAGGCAAUCUUAUCUUGUACGAAAGAUAAUAAACGGUGCCCUUGGGUAUUGUCUUUUUGUCCAGGAAGUUCAGUUGUGGCCAUUUAACUUUUUUUUUUUUUAAAAAAAAAAAAAAAAAGGUUGGACAACUACUAGAAUUGCAAGGUAACCACACCUGAGUAACGUCAUAGACAUAUCCAUGAUUCUAGGAGAUAUUUUUUAUUUAGGAGUCUGAGUAAGAACUGAAUAUGUCAUAGACACAUCCAUGUUAUUCUGGUAACAUUACAGACAAGGCCUUUGGGAAAUCUAAAAAUACUGUACAUUAUCCAGAAGACAAAAAAAAAAAAAAACCCUUGGUUUUGGAUAAAUUGUCACACACCAAGGAAAUCAGGAGAUCCAGGUAGUUCAAGUGUGUAUAAGAAUUUAUUGUAGCUUUCUACAAGCAUCUGAAUACUAACGAUCAGGGGAAAGUAGUGAGAGUUAAGAACAGAAAGAAAUUCAAAGUGGGCUGGACUGUGGGUGCGCAGGGACUCAUGGCAGAUGACAUAUUUGAUCUCUCCCUCAGGCUCAGCCUGAUCAUCCCUUACAAAAUUACAAUAUGCUUUAUUUAAAAGAAAUUAGCAAGCAUAGCAUUGGAGGAAUGACACUAUUAUAUUGCUACAGGAUAAAAAAUCUUAGUUCUCAGUAGAUUGAACUUGGCAAAGGAGCAUUUUUUUUGCAACAGCAGGAUAAAUAAUUGCUAUAUUGGCUUUAUUUGAUUGCCUAGGCUUUAAUGCCUAUGCAUCUACUGCAUUUUUCUGACUUGUUACGCUUAGCAGGGUUUCAAACUUGCCUGUGUAUAUUGAAAUCCCCUCAUUUAUUCUUUCAAGACCAUGUAUUGUUUAAAGCGAACCUAUUAUUUAAGAAAUAAGUGAACCUAUUAUUUAAGAAAUUAAGAGUAUAAGGGCUGUUGACCGCUAAUGAAUAAAGUUCUUAGUCUCCUUUCUCGGAAUUUCUGAGAUAGCCCUGUAGAUUUACAAGGUUUCAGUCCAAGGUCCUUUUUAAAGAAAAAGUACCGUAAACCUAGUCUAGAAUAACCAGGCUAUGUUGGAAAGACUUGAGAGAAGCAACAAAGAGAAGAUAGUUUUGAUCAUUGGCAUCUUUCUCCUAUGUGCAUAUAGCCUUCCCUAACACUUAGCAGUUCUUCAGUUAUAUUGGAUUAGACUCCAUAUCUCCUCUCUGAAGAAAAAAAUUAUCCUACUUCAGAUACAUGCCCAUUUUGAUAGGCCUUAGUGAGGGCAUCAACCACAUGCAUUCAAAAUCCCUAUGUUCCCUGAAUCAAAAGGCUUCCCUAUUUAUGCUUCAAUGUUGAACUUAGCUAACCAUGGCCUAUUGUAGCACGCGAAUUCAGUCAUUGCACAUUUCUUUGAAGAACCCCCCAAAUUAAAACUGGAAUAAAAAUAACAGAAUGAGAUGUAAGUGAAGAUAACAAGUCAACCCUCCUUCCAACCUACAUUUUAUUAUGCACUAGAAUUAGUUCCACAGCAUUGAUUGAAUAUUGCACAAUAAGAAUAAGCAGCCACUACAGUAUUACAUUCUUCCUUUAAAAAAAAGAUAAUAACAGACCUUCAUUCUGAACAACCACAACGGUUAAAAAUUAAACCUAUCUCAUUCAUAGCUGCAGUGAAAAGUUGUUCAUCGUCACAUAGAAGUCAAAACCAGGACUCAUUCUUAAAUAAUUGUUUCAGAUUUAUAUAUUUACAUCUACUGGGUAGAAACAUUAAAAAAUCCAUUUUUU